GUGGCCAUCUGCUGCUCCCCCUCCGCCAUUUACUCUGCCUCCCCCUUCUCUCCCCACUCCCGAGAGCAGAUGGCUCCCACCUCCCAGUUCCCUAAGGCAAAUUAAGGAGGUGGGGUGGAGGGAUGGGGGGAGGCGGGCUUCCGAAGAGAUCUGGAGAGCCAGUGGAUCAGGAUCCGAGACUUGAGGGUCCUGAUUAACUUAACUUUGCCCCCUUCCCUUGCUCCCCGGAGCAUGCAGGAAAAGCCUCUUGGAGCCGGGGAGCGAUGUUCAGCCAGCAGCACCAGUUCCAGCAGCAGUUGCUGCAGAUCCAGCAGCUCAUCCAGCAGCAGCAGCAGCAGCAGCAUCCUCCGCCGCCCUCCGCAGGCCGGGGGCUGCCUUCACAGCAGCAGCAGAUCUUGAACCUCCGAGCCACAGGUCAGGCCUCCCUGCUCAGCUCGAACCCCAUGCUGCAGAGAGUCCUGCUGAUGCAGCACAUGCAAGCAGGCAGAUUCAACAUGACUGCUCCUGGCCUUCAGCAUUUCUUCCCCCAAGCUACUCGACACUCCCUCCUAGGCCCUCCACCCGUCAGUGUCUCACUCAAACCUGCCCGCAUAGGCUUCCCAGGGCUCUCUUUCCAGAGGCAGAACCGGGGCUAUCGAAAGGAAUCCCCGAAGGGACCUGAACCAAAGAAAGAUGUGGAGCUGGGCCCUUCACAGAUACCCUGUGAAGAUGAGAAGAUAGAUGUUCCAGAGGCCUCCCAGGAGGAGGCUGACUCCCAGACUACCUUGCCAGAAGAUCCACAGACUUCCCCCGAACCCAGUGAUGAUGGCAGCUCAGAGCCUCUGGCCAAGAGACUCAAGAGUGUGGAAGAUAACACAGACUCUAAGGAGGAGACUGAUCUGACUAUAGAAAAAGCAGAACAAGCAGCAGAAGCUGAUCCCCCAGAUACUAGCAAGGAUUGGAAAGUCCCUGAGGAGCCCAAAAGCCUGGAAGUGAUGGUGAGCUCAGGAAGCUCCCUGAAGGUGACAAUCCAGCAGAGCAGUGAGAGCCGAGCCAUCAGCACAACUGCACCAAAGCCUGGCUCCCGACUGAGUGAGAGCAAUGCCCCUGCCUCCAGCCUAGAGCCUGGCCUGAAGUUCUUCUGUUAUAUCUGCAAGAUCAACUGCUUCAACCAGCAGAACUUCCAGGCCCAUAUGGCCGGGCUCCAGCAUCAGCAGCGGCUUGGGGAGAUUCAGCACAUGAGUAACGCCUGCCUCCUGUCUUUGCUGCCCACGAAUCGGGAACAGGGUGCCCUUGCGGAAAGAGAUGGGGAACCCCAGUCCCAGAGGUGGUGCAAUACCUGUCAGACCCAUUUCCUGGGAGAUCUUAUCAAGCAUCGAAGGACUCAGGAGCACAAGCUAGCCAAACACUCCCUUCGUCCUUUUUGUACUGCCUGCAGCCGACACUUUAAGACCCCCAGAAAGUUUGUGGAGCAUAUGAAAUCCCCUGAACACAAACAGAAAGCUAAGGAGGCACAACUUGGGGAGAAGGAGCCGGGCAGCCCAGAAGAGGCAGAGGAACUCAUCACGGUGGAUGCAGUGGGUUGUUUUGAGGAGGAUGAGGAAGAAGAGGAUGAGGAGGAAGAUGCAGAAGAGGAUGAGGGCAGCGAGGCAGUGGGAGAGGUCGAGGAGGCCAAGCAGGUACCCGGGAAGGCAUGCCCAAAGGGCGGGCAGGUGGGGCCAAAAGAAGUGGCUGUAGAUGCCUGGAAAGGCCUAGAGGAAUACUCUCCUGACAAGACGUAUGGCCUGGAUUUUCUGGUACCUGUGGUAGGGUAUCUUUGCCGGCUAUGCCACAAAUUCUAUCAUAGUAGCUCAGGAGCUCGCCUUGCCCACUGCAAGUCUUUCAUGCAUUUUGAGAAUGUUCAGAGAUACAGAGCAACCAGGAACCCUGGACCAGUCCCAGAAUUCGAGUCAAAGCCUGAGCUCUUUGACAUCCUGACAGGGGAAGGGAUAGGAGCCCGGGGUUCAGAACAACAGGAAGGCACAGCUCAGCCCCUAGGAGCUGAGUGUAAGUCAUGGGGCACAGAUGCCCACAGAGAUGCUGACAACACAGGGGGAGCCCAGACCCCCAUGGAAGCAAGGGAUGACGAGAAAGCUGGUCCUGGGAGGCAGAAGGAGCUAGAGGAUGAGAUCACUCCAGCCAAAGGUAGAGUGCCUGCCCCAGAGCCCUGCCGCCGAUCUGCUCGUCAUAAGCCAAGAUAGGGGGGCUCCAGGGUAGCCAGCUGGGCAGCAGACAGUAAAUUUUCAGAGCCUUUUACUAGAUCGUUGGGAAGAGAAGCUGCUGUUUUUACUCAGAGACCAAUAAAGAAUUGUGGUUUAGUGUUUCA